CUCACAUCACUGGCUUCAAUCUCCGGUUAUAUGGCAACAUUUUGUUUUACAGUACAAUAUUUGCCACAAGCCUAUUUAAAUUACAAGAGAAAAUCAGUGAAAGGAUUUAGUACAACAGGAAUUUUGUUAAAACUCAUCGGAUCUGCAUAUUUGGGAGUGAAUUCAUACUUGAUGGGUGAAGCAUUGAGUGUUGUUCUUUAUGGUGCUUUCAAUAUUGCUCAACAUAUUAUCUUUAUGAUCCAGUUUACUGUUUUUACAAAUAGAAGAAUAUUCUUGCUUUGUAUUUUUAUUCCAAUUGUUCCUUUAUUUUGUGGAGUUUCAUAUCCUGAAACAAUUCCAUAUACUAACUUGAUCAAACCAAUUUCUCAAAUUAUCAGUCACAUUCCACAAUUACUUGUAACUUGGGAAGCUAGAAGUACAGAAGGAGUUUCACUUGCCAGUCAACAUUUAAAUUUACUAGGAGGAAUUGCUGGAAUUUUCAUGUAC